CGAACUUAUUUGCGCAAUUUGAACGCCAGACAUGAACCAAUACCCAGAUGAAGACGAGGAAUUUGAGCUGCAGUACCAGGAUGAAUUGGAGUUGCUGGAGGACGUGCCGCACGAGUACGACGCGUUCGACGGGCCGAGCACCUCCCGGCGAGCGGCGGCCAAGCAAACAAAAGCAAUCAAAGAUGCCUCGCGCUUAGAGAACUCCACCCUCGGCUCGCCGCAGCUCUCGCAGAUUACCUUUGGGGCCAGUCAAAGCGAGAACGAUGAUGGAGGCGGCGGCGGUGGCCCAGUGAAUAGGCGACUCUUUGGCACGCCCAAAGGUCCGCCGGUGGGACGCGGUUGCUCGACGCCAUUUCAACGCAUGCCGGCCAUACAGGAAGUGGAUGCCACUCCACCUGCCAGCAACGGAUUCAAAGAAACAAACGCAGUGCCUCUGCUCAAUGCGGCCGCCCAGCAGUUGCAGGAGCUGGGCACGCGCGGUGUGAACAAGCGGCGUCUGGAGCGGGAUCUCUUUGGCGACAUUGACGACCUCUUCCAUGAGACCUACGAAGAUCCGCUGGUGAAGAAAGCCCGUACCGAGGAGCAGCGCGACAAGAAGGCCAUUGAGAGGAUCGUGGAGCUGCGUCGCAAGAAGCAAGAGUCGACCAAAACCGUUCGCACGGACGAUGUGAGUCGCCUGAAGGCGCUGCUCGAUUUCCAGAGAAAGAAUCUCUCGUACGAGAUACCCAACUGGCCGUUUCUGCCCAUACAACGCAGCGAUCUGGAGCGCAUCUACGUCCGUUUCCACUCGGAAGAGUACGAGCAGCGGCAGCUGGACAUGAUCAGUGCGCGGGGCGCGAUUGUGGGCAGUCUGCUGGGCGAGGCCAAGGACAAGGUCUGGCAGGAGGCCAACGAGCUGGUCCUUCGUCGCUUAGCGCCCGAAACACAGCCACAGCCAGCGAUAGCUGCUGCCACGACUGCAGUCACUGCACAGACGGGAUGUCUUUGGGUGGACAAGUACAAGCCGAGGAAGUACAUUGACUUGCUGUCGGAUGAAAUGACCAACAGGAGUCUGCUCUAUUGGCUGAAGAUGUGGGACAAGGUUGUCUUUGGCAAACCCUUUCAGAGCAAACAGGAACGGGAGGCAGUCACAGGUGGUGGCGAUGCCACGUUGAACAGCUUCAACAAGCGGACGGGAAAAUUCGAGUCCAAUGGCGGCUGGCGGCAGCGCAAGACUCGCCAGGCUCUGAACACGAAUGUCGAUGCUAUGGGCCGACCCAUGCAGAAGGUGGCCCUGCUCUGUGGUCCCCCCGGACUGGGCAAGACCACGCUGGCCCACACCAUCGCCCGGCAUGCCGGCUACAAUGUGCGGGAGAUCAAUGCCUCAGACGAUCGCAGUCCAGAUGCCUUCAAAUUGGCCCUGGAGAACGGCACACAAAUGUCCUCAGUUCUCAAUACAGACAAGCGUCCAAAUUGCAUAGUUCUGGAUGAAAUCGAUGGCGCUCCGCGACAAUCCAUUGAAUAUCUGGUGAAAUUCGUCAACGAUGAUGUCCACAGCAGGGCGAAAGCCAAGGGAGCCAAAUCGGAGCACAAUGUCCUGCGUCGACCCAUUAUUUGUAUUUGCAAUGAUAUCUACGAUCCAGCCUUAAGGCCACUCCGCCAGAUAGCCUUUGUGGUCACAUUUCCGCCCAUUGAUUCAGCGCGCCUCGCCGAACGCUUGGGAGAGAUUGCGAAAAAAGAGAAAUUACAAACAGAUUUCUCAUCACUGAUUACGCUGGCUGAAAAGUCGGGCAAUGAUGUCCGCAGCUGCAUUUCCUCCAUGCAGUUCUUCAAUGCCCAAAAGCAGAGUCUGACGCUACAGGAUGUGCUGAACAACAAUCUGGGGCAAAAGGAUCGUCAUCAGGGCCUGUUUACUGUGUGGAAUUCCAUUUUCAGAAUACAACGUCCCAGAAAGCAACUGCAGACCGACAUCAAUGGCAAUGGCGAUGAGCCCGCUCUGGUUACAAUGACCAACAUGUCCAUUGCCACGCGAGUGCGCAACGUUAUGGAUGUGGUCCAUUCCAGCGGGGAUUACGAGAGACUCACUCAAGGCGUGUACGAGAACUAUCUGCAGCAAAAGAUGCCGGAUCCGAAUUUUAAGGGCAUUUGCGAGGCCUUGAAUUGGUUCUGCUUUACGGACAUACUGCAGCAGAAGAUCGCCAGCCAGCAGAACUACAGCAUCUAUCCGUAUUUGCCUUACGGCUUUGUCGUCUGGCAUUUACUCUUUGCCACACUGGCCUGGCCGAAAAUUGCAUUUCCCACGCGUGGCUUUGAGUUCACACAGAAGCGCACCACACAGCGCAACAUCUUUCAGGCCUUGCGCAAAGGUGUCACCCCCUCCGCUGUGGGUGUGGGUCAUGGCACGAUUCUGCUGCUGGAUACCGUGCCCAUGCUGAAGAGGAUUUUGUCACCGCAAUUGCGCUCCGUGACGGUGAAGCUGUUGUCCCCCAAGGAACAGCAAGACUUGAAUCACACCGUUGAGGUGAUGCUGGAUCUCGGCUUGACAUUUGUGCAGGUCAAGUCACUGGAAGGACAGUAUGUGUUCCAAACGGAGCCCGAUCUAGAUGCACUCGGCGUGUUUCCAGGAUUUCCUGGCCUCACUGUAUCCUACUUUGGGCGCCAGUUGCUAGCCCGCGAAGUGUCCCUGGCACGCAUCCGUCGAGCUGCGCCCAAGCAAGGGGAGCCAUCAAAGAAGCAGCCACCCAAAACCGCGGCCACAACGCGUUUGCCCAAUCACCUGCAAAAAUUGAAACCGAAACCAAUCUUCGGCAGCGGUGCCCCCAAACAGCAGCUCACCAAAGACUUUUUCGGUCGCAUUACGCACAAAAUAUCCACAGCAAAAUCCGUGGAAGAAGCCAAAACCGAUGCCAUUGUAAAGAGCCCCAUUUGGUAUCGCUAUAAGGAAGGCUUCAACAAUGCUGUGCGCAAAGACGUUCAUCUGCAUGAGCUGCUUUAGAAUAUCUCUCUGUCUGGCUCUUGGAAUCCCUGCCUUGAAUUAAUUUAUUAAAAAGUGAUGCAACAUUUUAAAUUAAAGCAAAGCCUUCUUCAGUGAAUGGAAGGACACAUAAUAA